AUGUUGAUGAAUCCUGAAUCAAAUUUGAAUAACAUCCCAUUCGGAAUCAAAUUCAAAAUCCUGACACAAACAUUCGACUCAAAGGAUGAAGAAGUAGAUCCAAAUUCUGUUGUUAGAGCUCGUGGACUUCCUUGGCAAUCAUCAGACGGUGACAUUGCCAGGUUUUUUAGGGGAUUAAAUAUAGAAAAAGGUGGAGUCGCAUUGUGUUUGAGUCCUGCGGGAAGGCGAAACGGUGAAGCACUCGUAAGGUUCGUAAAUCAAGCGC